GAGGGCGAGGACCGGAUGUGGGGACCCUCAUCCUCUCGCUCUGUAAAGCUGGUCUCCAGAAACACGCGUCUCCGUGUGGCCUUUUGCACUCCUCGUCGCGGGGAGGGGAGUUGCUCUGGGGUGCAGGGAGGGCGGGAAGUUGGAGAGAGUGCCCUGCGGUGCCUCCCAACCCCGCCCCACUCCGCCUGCGGGUCCACGCCGCCCCGGGCCCACGUUCCCCUGGCGCCGCUCCCCUCGCGCGCUCCCGCCGCUCCGCCUGGAUCUCCGGGGCGGCGCUGCGUCGGGGCCCGCCCCGGGGCCCGCCCGCCCCGCGAACGCUCGCUGGCUCCCAGAGCCGGCCCGAGCCCGGCCGACCGGGCCAUGUCUGAGCCGGAGCUCAUUGAGCUGCGGGACCUGGCACCCGCACGACGCGCCGGCCCCGGGCGCACCCGCCUGGAGCGCGCCAACGCGGUGCGCAUCUCGCCCGGCAACGCGCGCCACCCAGCCAGACAGCCGGUCCUGGGCCGCGGCCACCGCUUCCAGCCGGCGGGGCCCACCACGCACACGUGGUGCGACCUCUGCGGGGACUUCAUCUGGGGCGUCGUGCGCAAGGGCCUGCAGUGCGCGCACUGCAAGUUCACCUGCCACUACCGCUGCCGCGCGCUCGUCUGCCUGGACUGCUGCGGGCCGCGGGACCUGGGCUGGGAGCCGGCGCUCGAGCGGGACACCAACGUGGACGAGCCCGUGCAGUGGGAGACACCUGACCUUUCUCAGGCUGAGAUUGAGCAGAAGAUCAAGGAGUACAAUGGCCAGAUCAACAGCAACCUCUUCAUGAGCCUGAACAAGGACGGCUCCUACACAGGCUUCAUCAAGGUGCAGCUGAAGCUGGUGCGCCCUGUCUCCGUGCCUGCCAGCAAGAAGCCUCCCACCUUGCAGGACGCCCGGCGGGGCCCAGGGCGGAGCACAGCCGUGAGGCGCCGCACCUCCUUCUACCUGCCCAAGGAUGCUGUCAAGCACCUGCACGUGUUGUCACGCACGCGGGCACGCGAGGUCAUCGAGGCCCUGCUGCGCAAGUUCUUGGUGGUGGAUGACCCCCGCAAGUUCGCACUCUUUGAGCGGGCUGAGCGCCACGGCCAAGUGUACCUCCGGAAGCUGUCGGAUGACGAGCAGCCCCUGCGGCUACGACUCCUUGCGGGGCCCAAUGAGAAGGCCCUGAGCUUCGUGCUGAAGGAGAAUGACUCUGGGGAGGUGAACUGGGAUGCCUUCAGCAUGCCUGAGCUCCACAACUUCCUGCGCAUCCUACAGCGGGAGGAAGAGGAACACCUCCGCCAGAUCCUGCAGAAGUACUCCUGUUGCCGCCAGAAGAUCCAGGAGGCCCUGCAUGCCUGCCCCCUGGGGUGACCUCUUAUCCCCCUGGGUGGAAGGAGGAGCGUAGGCAGCACAGAGGGUGUGCCGUGUGAGUGUGACAGGGCCUGUCUGGCCUGAGGAAUGAGUGUGCGUGGAGGCCCUCAUCUGGCUGGCGGAAUGAACCCAGAGAGCAGCAAAGGAGCGGGCCCCCUGUGUCCACCCGUGGGUGUAGCAGAGCAUGGCUCUGCACCCUCUGCCCUUCGUGUCCUGAGUCAUGGUGGACAGGGUUGCAGCAAGGGUUGAGCAGACAGAAGUCUCCUUAAUUUGUGUCUCAGAUACGAGAAUCUUGGAGACCCAAAACCAACAGAAUCGGGUCUUGUUUGCAGGGAUGAGGACCCUCAGCUCUGGGGAAGGGAUGUAUGUCUGGGAUGGGGUCUCAGGACCAAUAGUGGGUGUUGAAGACCAGGCAGGCAUCGAGAAAGAAUGCAGGUUUCCCUCUGCAGUGCCCUGGGCUCUGGCACACCCUGGUGUCCGCGCACUGCUGCCACUGCAGCAACAGUGCCUCAGUGCACCUCCAAGGAGGAGGACCUGGGCUGGGGUCUGUGGGCACUGGCUCAGGUCCAUGCCUUGUUUGCCAAUCAAAGCCAGGGUCUUACUUGGGGUAUUUUUCAGGAUGUGUGUGAAUGCAUAUUUUGUGGCCUCGGCUGAAUGCCUCCUGUGGGGAAAGGGGUGGGAAUGACAGUCAUCAUCAGGGCCUGGGGCUUGGGAAAACUUGGCUGAAUAAAGAUUCAAGACUCUC